AGCACAUCUGCAGCUAGCUUGACGGCUCGAAUGAAAGUGGUUCGUGCAGUAUUUGAUGAGUUAGUAGAAGCGGGCAGCAGCUGUGGGAGUGAAAGUUAACUUUUUCGGGUGUAUAUGUUUUUAAAAACUGUUUUUACGAAUGUGAAAGCGAUGUCUCGGCGAGGACAGCGGCGGAAGAAGAGCGAAAACUGGUAACGUCGAACAAAAUGCAGACUUCAAGCUGAGCGUUGAACCUCUGGUGGUAUUUAACGUUCGCUAAAGUUGACUUAACACCGACAGUACUAAAGUCUGAGUUUAUCCCCAUCGAGGUAGAGUGUUUUUUUCGACAAAGCUGCAUGUUUUCAGAACUUUCCUGAGUGACUUUGAGGUGAAAGACCGGAGAAAAGAAGGGAAAUGCGUCUUACGGUAGUUCAUGGACUCCGUAUGAUGGUGUGAGGAUGACACAGGCUGGUGCUGGCGGUGGCUGCAGCCCUGGAGGCUGAUGAAGCUGCUCCAUCGGCUGGUCAGGAUGCACAUAGCUUCAGUGGGUGUCAGCAAGUUCUGCUUCCUGCUCUCCCUUGCGUUCUGCGGCCUCCUGCUCCUGCUCAUCCCCGCCCUCCAGCCCCCCGCUCGCCAGGUGGACUUGCCUCAGCCCCGACCACAAGUCAGACCCGCACAGACGAGACCAUCGCACCAUGCCAGACUCCCAGCAGGGUCUGACCAAGAAGAGGAAACGGAGUCUACCGCAGGGCUCAAAAGGAGCUCAGCAGGACAGGGGGAAUCUAUUGAGACUGACAUUACUAGGAAGGAAAAACAGGAUCCCAAGAGGAGGACAGACUCUAAACCAGGUGCCCUUUCUGGAGGAAAUCCUUAUGGGCUUUCAGGACUGAGAACUCGAGACCCGUUAGAGUUAAAGGACAUUUUUAUUGCAGUGAAAACAACCAAAAAAUAUCACAAGUCCAGACUGGGGCUGCUGACACAGACGUGGGUUUCCCAAGCUCAAGAACAUACCUUCAUAUUCACCGACGGGGAGGACAAGGAGCUGCAGAAGAGAAUGGGAGCUAACAUCAUCAACACUAACUGCUCAGCCGCUCACACCCGACAGGCUCUGUGCUGUAAGAUGUCAGUGGAGUAUGACAAGUUCAUCGAGUCGCAGAAAAAGUGGUUCUGUCACGUUGAUGAUGAUAACUACGUAAUCCUGCCCAGCCUGCUGCACCUCCUCUCCUCCUACCACCACAGCCAGGAUGUUUACCUGGGCCGGCCCAGUCUGGACCAUCCUAUCGAGGCCGCAGAGAGAGUCAAAAGUGACGGAUCGGUUUCUGUCAAGUUCUGGUUUGCCACAGGUGGAGCAGGUUUCUGUAUCAGCAGAGGUCUGGCACUAAAAAUGAGUCCAUGGGCAAGUUUGGGGAAUUUCAUCAGCACAGCAGAGAAGAUCCGACUGCCAGAUGACUGCACCAUCGGAUACAUCAUAGAGGCGCUGCUGGAGGUGACGCUGACACACACUCACCUGUUCCACUCUCACCUGGAGAACCUGCAGAAGCUGCCAACAGACAGCGUGCUCAACCAGGUGACUCUGAGCUAUGGAGGCUUUGAGAACAGGAGGAAUGUGGUCAGCAUAGUUGGAGGUUUUUCACUGAAUGAAGACCCCACAAGGUUUAAGACAGUCCAUUGCCUCCUGUAUUCAAGCACUGACUGGUGUCCAAAGCUCAAAGCUCGCCACAAACACUGACAGCCCGUGUUUUUAACAGGCAGCACUGAUACCUGUGAAACCUCUAUGCCACUAGCUGGAUUCAGCACAUCAUGUCAAUAAUUAGUGGAGCCAAAGAAUGACUUCUUCCAGCUAAUGGAGUGUAAAUAAGGCUGAUGGCACAUCGUUUAAACAGUGAAGUUUGUGGAGUGGAUUAUUAACACUAUGGAUAAUGUCCAACUCAAAAACAGGACUGUCUGUUUUUGUGCUCUGUCAUUACUAUGAGACCCUGGUAUAUGAAGUAUUUGUGUGUUUGUGGUAUUUCGUUCAGUCUGGAAUUGUGAUAAGCUUAUUUUUAAGACAGUGGUCAUGUAAACAUUGGUUAGUAUUGGGUGUGAUUAAUUUUGCCAGCUUUUACGUCACAGCAGGCGGUCAAACGAGAGAUUUACUAAGGAACCACUGUAUUCUUCAUCAAAUGUGCAGCAUGGAGGUUGAAGAUGGUCUGGACGAGGUUUUCAUGAUACCAGACUAUUAAAGAAUAAUACAGUAAAAAUUAAACUAUUGAUACUUGGUUUAAAUAAAUGACAAUAAAACUGUGUAAAACCUUAUUUGUACUUGGUUAGUAUCAUCUAUAGGCCUAAUUGGAAUUGGAACUAGAAUUAUUCACAAAUUAAAGACAUGGUUGAUUUAUCUUAGAAAUAAGAAGAGGUCCCUAGGUAAUACUAAUCAUAUGCAAAUAGUGCUUAAGACACUCCAAAUUGGAUGAUAUCUUGUCCAAAAGUGCACGCUGUCUAAAUUGCACAAAUGCAUUGGCAGACUUUCAGGACCUUAACUUUGGUAAAUAAAUGGUCGGUGGACUUCAGCAUGUACAUUUAUUUCCUAAGUCUCUGACUACCCAAAGCUCUUGUGGCACCACAGGCACACAAUGAUGGAGAAUGCUUCUAUAAACAGGUGCCAUUUUUUAUGAAAUAAUUAGUCAUACAGAUCCACACACCAAAAACAACUUGUGACACACUGGUGAGACAAACUGGAGUUAAGUGUCUAACCCAAGGGCACAUUGGCAUGAUGGAAAUUGAAUUUCUGACUCUACUUACUGAGCCACAGCCACCCAAACUUUACAGAUGCAUUCCUGCAAUUUAGACGGUGCUUUCUGUCUUUGGCUUGCAGCAGCUCUUAGUUAAAAAUAUUACUCAAGAUCUCAAACUCUUACAAAAUUCAGCUGCUUUUCUUUUGAAGCGAUCAUUGAGCAAAUAGCAUAGAUUGCAUCGUUCUAAAACCUGGUAUAAAAUAUCAAAGUUCAACUGCCUUAGUUCAAGAAAUUGUUAAAUUUGACAACACGUGUUGCAAAAUGUGCAUGGAUAGAAGCCACAAAGGUUAAGAGGAGUCAAAUGGGCUAGUUUACUGUUUAAGGCAGCUAAAAACUGAAGCUAUCCUCUUACUAUCAGAGAAGUGGCUCGACUUAGACACCCUGCUUUGAAAUUGAUCAACUUCAACUCCAAAAUCACGUCACUUUAGCUUGACAAAUGCCUGUAUGGAUGUUUAACUUGAACAUCUGCCAUGUCCAUUGAGAAGAAGAGUCUUUGGUGAUGCUACACUAAAUGAAGGACCAGAGCAGUAUUACUUAUCAUGACUGUUUAAGAUAGAAGAAAUCUUUCUUUCCUCAUCAGUCUUACAGUUUUUAGGUAAAUUAAUCUCUUUAUUGUUCAAGCGUUGACAAGAGUCAACAUCAUAUGUAGUUGCUUAGAAGAAGAGAAUAAAUACUUUUUAAAGACUCUUUUAAACAAGUACACAUUGUCAUAAAUCUUUGGACAAGAAAUGAGAUUAAUUCAGAUGUAAUCUUUUGUUGCAGUUUUUUAUUCACAUUUUCAGCCAAAUAUCUUCUUGCAUUUGCCUUUUUCGGAUUGUCCCAUCUUUUUGGUUUUGCACUACUUGGAUCGAUUCCUGUACAUUGAUGUUCUGGUGUAAAUAUGAAGUAUUUUAUCUUUGUAUUGGCUGUAGUUUGAGCUCUAUAUGCUUCUUUUUUAAAAUUUGCUGGAGCAAAUUGUUUCAGAACUUCAUGAAAUAAGAUAUUUAAAAUCUAAAUUAGUUGGGUAUACAAGAAACUCCAGUAAAUUUGUAUACCCGACUUAAAAAAAAAAAGCUAUUCAGGCCUUGUUCUUUCCUGUAAUAUCUUGAAUUAAGACCUCUAUCUUUACCUGUCAGUAUAAACCAAGUGUCAUCAGAUAAUUUUGAGUAGAAAUCAGACAAACUUACAAAGGUUUGACUUUUUUUCAGUGUGCCUCACAACUAAAACCAAGCUAUAGUUGGAUGGGUUGUCUGCAAACUCUGUGCUGUAAAUGUUCAUGGUACAUAGGCAAGCCCUUCCAAAUAGUUUUUGUCUUAUAAUCCCUUUCUUUGCUCCAGUAAAUGUCCCCUGUCUCCACCAGCAUCAGUAUUUCUGCCUGUGCAGUAUUCGUGUAGAACACUACCCACUGCAGGUCAGUGGAUGAGACUGAGCAACAUGUUUCUGCAAACUACAUACCACUGAUGUUUUAUUCUUUUGUUUUAUAAGAAUAAACUUUCUGCCUUCUUGAA